GUGUCCCCCGCAUCGGCAGGCAGACUCUCAACCACUGCGCCACCAGGGAAGCCCGGGAUGUUAGUUUUUAAAAAGAGAAAUUAGCAGAAGGCAGAGCGGUGAAGGAGCAGAGAGCGAGGUGCUCUCCUGCACUGCGAGGGUAGAAGGGCACCUCAUGCAGCUUUUCUGGAGUGGAGUUUGGCAAGAUGUGCACAUAGUUAGACUCUAUACACCUGUGGACACAGGAAUCCUCCAAGAUUUACCCAAAGGAGAGGAUAAUUAUCCAAAUAUGAAAAUCUGUGUGCACAAGGAUGUUCAUUGCAGCUUUGUUACCUUAAAAAUACAAAAUUUUUGAAAACAAACUUUAAGUCAUUACUAAGAGACGCUACUGUUCAUAUUAAAUAAUUAAUACAAUUUAUGAUAAAGCUCUAUAUUUACGGACAUGAAAAGCUGUCCGUGACAUAAUGUUUAGGGAAGUAAGCAGUUUAUGGAACUUCAGUGGUUAUGUAAAAUUCAGGCAUUUCUUUAUACCUAGAAGGAAGUUCAUCAAAAUGCUGAGUAAUUUCUAUAGCCCCUGAAUUAAUGGGGUAUAUUAGUUUCCUAGGGCUGCUGAAAACAGUACCACCAAUUGGGUGGUUUAAAAUGGAAAUUUACUUUUUCACAGUUCUCUAGGCUACAAUCCAAAAAUCAAGAUUACUGUAGGGUCAGUAUUCCCUCCGGAGAGUCUAAGGAAGAAUCCUUUCAUGCCUCUUCUAGCUUCUGGUAGUUGUCCUAAGUCCUUGGGUGUGUAUCUGUAUAUAUGACUAAAUUUCUCUUUUCCUAUAGGGAUACCAGUCAUUGGAUUAGGGCCCACCCAGUACGAAGUCAUUUAAAUUUGAUUACAUCUGCAAAGACCUUAUUUCCAAAUAAGGUCACAUUCACAGGUACUGGGACUUAACUUGAACAUUCUGGAGACACACAGUUCUACCCACUGCAUGGGGUAAAAGUUGUUGCAGUUGAUGCAGAGCUGAAUGUCUUCUAUGAGGACAGUGUGCAUUUUGACAGAGACCUUCUAGAAUUUGGGACUCAGGGUGGAGUUCAUGUUCACGAGGAUGGGUUGACAGUGACUUCUCCAGUCCUGAUGUGGGUCCAGGCUUUGGAUAUCAUCUUGGAGAAGAUGAAGGCUUCAGGCUUUGACUUCUCUCAAGUCCUCGCCUUGUCUGGGGCGGGCCAGCAACAUGGAAGCGUGUACUGGAAAGCUGGGGCCAGCCAGGUUCUGGCAAGCUUGUCACCGGACCUCCUGUUGCACGAGCAGCUGCAGGCCUGUUUCUCCAUCAGUGACUGCCCGGUGUGGAUGGACUCCAGCACCACAGCCCAGUGCCGCCAGCUGGAGGCCACCGUGGGUGGGGCCCAGGCUCUCAGCUGCCUCACCGGGUCCCGCGCCUAUGAGCGAUUUACAGGAAACCAAAUUGCAAAGCUUUACCAGCAGAACCCCGAGGCCUACUCACACACAGAGAGAAUUUCCUUGGUCAGUAGUUUUGCUGCUUCUCUGUUCCUUGGGUCUCACUCUCCUAUUGACUACAGUGACGGUUCUGGAAUGAACUUGCUGCGGAUCCAGGACAAAGUCUGGUCGCAGGCUUGCCUUGGUGCCUGUGCACCUCAUCUAGAAGAGAAGCUCGGCCUGCCGGUGCCGUCAUGCUCAGUUGUGGGGGCCAUUUCUUCCUACUUCGUCCAGCGCUAUGGGUUUCCUCCAGGAUGCAAAGUGGUGGCCUUCACUGGGGACAACCCAGCGUCGCUGGCAGGCAUGAGGCUGGAGGAAGGUGACAUUGCGGUCAGCCUGGGCACCAGCGACACCCUGUUUCUCUGGCUCCAGGAGCCCACGCCCACCCUGGAAGGCCACAUCUUCUGCAACCCGGUUGACCCCCAGCACUACAUGGCGCUCCUGUGCUUUAAAAACGGCUCCCUCAUGAGAGAGAAGAUCCGCGAUGAGUUGGCUUCCAGUUCCUGGAGCGAGUUCUCUAAGGCGCUGCAGUCCACAGAGAUGGGGAACAGCGGAAACCUGGGUUUUUAUUUUGAUGUAAUGGAGAUCACCCCUGAAAUUAUUGGGCGUCAUAGGUUUAGUGCAGAAAACCAUGAGGUCUCAGCAUUCCCCUGGGACGUGGAGAUUCGAGCACUGAUCGAAGGACAGUUCAUGGCCAAGAAGAUCCAUGCCGAGGGCCUGGGCUAUCGAGUCAUGCCUAAGACAAAGAUUUUGGCCACCGGAGGAGCAUCUCACAACAGAGACAUCUUGCAGGUGCUGGCAGAUGUGUUUGGCACCCCAGUGUAUGUCACAGACACAGCCAACUCAGCCUGUGUGGGCUCUGCUUACCGAGCUUUCCAUGGCCUUGCAGCUGGAACAGAUGUGCCCUUUUCAGAGGUUGUGAAGUUAGCCCCAAAUCCCAGAUUAGCUGCUGCCCCAACCCCAGGAGCGUCUCAGGUCUACGAGGCCCUCCUCCAGCGGUAUGCCAUGCUUGAGCAGAGAAUCCUGACCCAGACCCGGGGGCCUCCGGAGUGAAUUCCACAGGCCCAGUCUCACUGAUUCCACUUGGAGACGUGGCCUUGGACAGCAGGGAACCUCUUCCCUGUUGAAAGCAGCUCUGCCUGCCCACCUGACUCCUUACGGUGCUCCAACCUGCCCAGGACCACCUUAAAGCCCACCUUAGCACAUCCUCCUGAACACAGCUUGUGUCCCUGUGCCCUUGUGCCCAGGGCAGGAAAGCAUCUCUCUUCCUGUCUUUUAUCCCAGGAGGCAAGAUAACACUGAGCCUGGGAUAUGUCCAAUAAAAAUUGUGACUUUUCCCCUUUCGGGACCUAAGUCAGCAGAAUGGGAGAGACAAAGCAAAAUAAAUAGAUUCUUUCCUCUUUAUUCACUAGUUUUCAAGAUGAUGAGUUGAUUGCCAAGCAUCCUCUAACAGCAACUAGAUUUUUAGUAUCAAUAUGAUACAUUUGACAUACUUUAUAUGUCUUAAUCCAUUGAGUAAUUAUUUUUCUCCUUGUCUUCUUUCUGAUAGCCAUACUCUCCAACUUUUCUCCUACUUUCCUGAUCUACCAUUCAUUCUUUCUUCUUUACUGUUACUUCUGCUCUGUCUACUCCUUAAUGAUUGCUGGGCCCCAAAUCUCUGUUCUCAUUCCUCUCUCCCUCCAAUUCUCUCUUAUUGGAUGGUUUCAUCUAGCCUUGGGCUUCAACUGCUACUUAUAUACUAGUAACACCCAGCUCUAUGUUUCCAGCCACAACUCUCCUUGGAGUCAGCCAACAUUCUCACAGGGGUACUUCAGACUCCGCUUAUCCUUUUUUUUUUUUUUUUAAUUUUGAGUCAUUUUAAUCUUUUUUUAAAAUUUAUUUAUUUUUGGCUGCUUCGGGUCUUUGUUGCCGCGCUCGAGCUUUCUCUAGUUGUGGAGAGUGGGGGCUACUCUUUGUUGUGGUGAGUGGGCUUCUCAUUGCGGUGGCUUCUCUUGUUGUGGAGCACGGGCUCUAGGCACGCGGGCCUCAGUAGUUGUGGCACAUGGGCUCAGUAGUUGUGGCUCGCGGGCUCUAGAGCGCAAGCUCAGUAGUUGUGGCGCACGGGCUUAGUUGCUCUGUGGCAUGUGGGAUCUUCCCGGACCAGGGCUCAAACUCGUGUCCCCUGUAUUGGCAGGCGGAUUUUUAACCACUGUGCCACGAGGGAAGCCCCAGACUCUGCUUAUCUUCCCUUGCCCUUCCCCAAACCUCCUCCUCCAGAGUUCCUGUUUCAGUGAAUUGGUACCACCAACCAUCCUUUCAUUCAUUCAUUCAGGAACCCAAACCCAAAACUCAGAUAUCUGCUUUCCCACAUCAAAUCAGUCACCAAGUGAUUUUUGUUAUUCCUUUGGUAACUCUUAAAACAGUUCCUUUCUCUCCAUCCCUCCCUGUUUUACUUUAUUCCUUGCUCAAAUUAUUGCAGAAGCCUCCACAGAAAGUCUGCCUCCUGCAAAAUCCUCCAGAUUUUUCUUCUGCCGCAGGCCCACACCUAUGUUGGGACUUCAGUUAAACCAAACUACUUGUGAUUUCAUCCAGAGCAGGAAAAUGCCGCAACAGCUUUGAGACCUGGUGGAGCAGAGCAGAGACAGAGACUACCCUAGUGGGAAGUCAAGGGAAGAGGUUUAGAAAAUGAGUAGGACCAGAGAUAUCACUUGUGAGAAAGCUGACGUCAUCUUGAAAGGGAGUGGUGUCCCUUGCGGGCUUGAUGGAUAAAGGCAAAAAGGGAAACAAGAAGCUGAAGAUAACAGCCUAUCAACAACAGGUCAAAGAUUCAGAAGAGGAACUUCCCUGGUGGUCCAGUGGUUAAAAAUCCGCCUUCCAAUGCAGGGGAUGCCGGUUUGAUCCCUGGUCAGGUAACUAAGAUCCCACAUGCCACGGGGCAACUAACCCGUGCGCCACAACUACUGAGCCUGUGCACUCUAGAGCCCUUGCACCACAACUACUGAGCCUGCAUGCUCUAGAGCCCGCACGCCACAACUAGAGAGAAGCCCACGUGCCACAACGAAGGAUCCCACGGGCUGCGACUAAGACCCGAUGCCACCAAAAAAAAAAAAAAAAGAUUCAGAAGAAAACAGACAACUCUCCCCACCACCACCACCUAGACAUUACUUAUUAAAGAAAUUACAUUAUUAGCCAGCAAUAAAAGAUCUCUUUUCUACCAAGAAACAGAAAGCCACUCAAUCCAUUCCCCAUUUUACCCCUGCCCCCGUAGAGUUGCCCAUUAUUACAAGGACGUCAACAUAAAUAGAAAAAGGAACUCACUUUGUACAAAUAUGGGAAGAAAACAAAGUGAGAAUCAUAACUUUUCAAGCUAAUGAAAUACACCCAAUACAAAGGAACAAAGAGGGUAAACUGUUAACAACCCUCCAACGUGAACUUUAAAACAAAAAACAACGGCGGAUAUGAAAGAAUACCACAGAUCAGAAAUUCAGAAACUCAGAGUAAAGAUGAAAAAGCAACAAGCGUAUAUGGAAAGAGAACUGACCAAACUUGGGAAAGAAUUUGAACAGAAAGGUAAAGUCACCCUAGAUAAUGAAGACUACCUGACAACAUACCCAAAUGAAAAUAGGAACGACAGCAAGUACCAUAAAGCAUAUAGAAGAUAGGAAUGAAAAAAGCUAAGACAGCAAAAACAAUAUAAAGGAAGACCUGGAAAGGCCCAGAAAGAAAAUGAUAGACAGGCAAAGAAAAACUAACACAGUUAAAGUUGGAGCUCUUGAAGCUAAAAUAUAAGACAAUGGAGCAGAGUUAAUAUUUAAAACUAACCCCAGAGAAAUUCCUGAAAACAAAAGACCUGACUCCAUAUCUUUUUAAAAAAUAUAUAUAUUUAUUUAUAUAUUUGGCUGCGUUGGGUGUUAGUUGUGGCAUGUUCUGACUAGGGAUAGAACUUGGGCCGCCUGCAUUGGGAGCAUGGAGUCUUAGCCACUGGACCACCAGGGAAGUUCCUGAAUCUGUAUCUUGAAAGGGCCUAUCUUGUUACUUGGAAAAUUGACCCAGAAUGAUCAACUGAGACACAUCCUAGCAAACUAUUACACUUUGCAGGUGAGGGGGAAUAUUCUCUAGGCCAAAAGGCCUAGUCUCUUACGCAGGAGAGAUCAGGUUGGCAUCAAACUUUUCAAAAAGCAAGUAGCAAUGGAGCAACAUUUUCAAGAAACUCAAAGAAAACAUAUGAACCAAUUGUUUUGUGUCCAGCUAAGCUGCCCUUUAAGUAACAAGGAUGUUUAAAAAGAGCUCAGGAAAUAUUGUACUCAUAACCCCCUUAGGAUUCUACUAAAACAAGCUUCGUCCAGCUAGGAGAUGAUUGGGGAAAUUUCAGCCAAAGGACUCAUAGUGAGCAUUGAAUAGUUUUAGAUCUAAGACCAAAGUGAAAGUGGGGAUAAGGGUGGAAGAAGAGUAUCAAAUGGCAUGUGCUUUGACACAGUAGAAGUAACAUAACUAAAUAAAUCAAAAAGAAGGAAAAAGACAGUACAAAGAGCUCUGUUGCAAAGGCAGUAUGUGCAAGUCAAAGAAUAUCAUUUCAAGUCGACAAACCAAAUAUCAACGCUUAAAUAAGGAAAAAGUAAGUGUAGCAUCAUAUACAGAGUGAAUGUAAUAAGGACGAGCAUAUGAGCCGUAUCAGUAAAUGAAAACUCAUCAUUUAAAAAAAAAGUUCAGCUUGGCUUACAAACAAACAUCUUACCGUCUAUUAUUUACAAGAGACACACCUAAAAUAAGUGAUCCAGAAAGGCUAAAAAGUAAAGGGGUGGACAAAAAUAUACCAGGCACAUACAAAUUAUAAAAAGCAAAGCUUACGGGCUUCCCUGGUGGCGCAGUGGUUGAGAGUCCGCCUGCCGAUGCAGGGGACGCAGGUUCGUGCCUCGGUCCGGGAAGAUCCCACAUGCCGCGGAGUGGCUAGGCCCGUGAGCCAUGGACUCUGAGCCUGCACGUCCGGAGCCUGUGCUCCACAA